AUGGCAACCUCUACAGCAACCGAACAAGGCAAGGGCAGGGUCACUCUCAGCGGCGCCCAGGAGACGCUGCUGCUGACUCUGUUGGCGCGCGCCGACGACGCCGAGUCAGCCCACCCUAUCCUCAACGACACUUUGUCUGCCAAGAUCAGGAAACGGAUUCAAGAGGAGCACGGCUACCGCUUUCGAGAACGCAUACCGACACCUAGCAAGACCUUUAUGGCCAAGCUGAUCUCGGCGAGGGCCAAGAUCUUUGACGAGGCGACCGAGAAGUUUUUGCGCAAAAACCCGGGUCCCGCCACCGUGCUGCACUUGGCCUGCGGCAUGGACACGCGGUGUCAUCGAGUCAAAUGGCAAGGCCCGGGGCGCGUCUGGAUCGACGUGGACAAGAAGGAUGUGGUGGAACUGCGGAGGGCGGUGGUGGAGGAUCCCGACGUGCCGCAGGGUCAGGGAGAGUACAGGCUGGAGUGUCCCGAUAUCAUCAACGACGCGGAUUGGCUGCGCGACAUCCGCGUGCCCAAUGACAGGCCGGUGCUGAUCAUGUUUGAAGGCUUGGUCAUGUACCUGAAUUCUGAAAUGGUCCUUGGUCUGUUCAGCAAAAUCAUGCGGCAUUUCGAGGGCAACGGGAAGGGAGGAGAGAUACACUUUGAUUCCAUGGGAGCGGCCGGGUACUUCAUCCUAAAAAUAGUCGGCUGGAACUUGGUGAGGAACAUGGGUGCGACGUUCGACUUUUACAUGUCCAACGGACAGUGGUUGGAGCUUCACAACCCUGGUCUGCGUCAGGUCAACCGGGAAUCGCAAGCUGUGGCUUUGAUAAGAAUCGUACCCUACUUGUGGAUCUUCCGAGUAGCUGUCGAGGUGGUCGAUUACCUUGUUGGGGGGACACUGCUAGGGGGCGUGUAUGAGUUUAAAUUUUGA